AUGCCCCGUUGCGCCCUCGUCACCGGCUGCAGUGCCGGAGGCAUCGGCUCGGCCCUGGUAGAAGAACUCCACGCGCGAGGACUGAAAGUCUACGCAACAGCCCGCUCCCCAGCCAAGAUGAGCCACCUUGCCGAACUUCCCAAUGUCACUCUCGUUACUCUCGACGUCGUCGACCCGGCCAGCAUUGCCGCUGCAGUCGAUACCGUCCGCCAGGAUUUGUCUUCGAAUGGUGACUUCCUCGACAUUCUCAUCAACAACGCCGGCCAAUCCCUCGUGUAUCCCGCCCUAGACACGUCGAUCGACGAGGCCAAGCGUCUCUUUGAUGUGAAUUUGUGGGGUGCCAUCGCCGUCGCCCAGGCUUUUAUGCCGUUGCUUCAGGCUGCCAAGAAUGGCAGUACGCUCGUGAACGUCUGCUCCAUCUCGGGCUUCUUGUACGCCCCGUGGAUGAGUGUCUACAAUGCCUCAAAGGCGGCUCUGAUGUCUUGGAGCGAGACUCUCCGGUUGGAACUGCAGCCCUUCAACAUCCGGGUUAUCUCCCUGGUUACCGGCUCCGUCGCCACAAAUGUCAUGUCGCAUUCUGACCUGACCCUGCCCGAAAACUCACUCUACCAGAAAGCGCUGCCAGAAAUUCAAUUACGCGGCGUGGGGAAGGAUGUCUCGAGUAAGAGUGCGCCGGCAGACUUUGCUCGCGAGGUUGUCAAGGAUGUCUUGGGCGGAGCGUCGGGACCCGUGUGGCGUGGUGCUAUGGCUUCCAUGGUGAGGUUUAUGUCCAAGUACAUGCCGACAACUGUCUUGGACCGGGCAAUGAAGGGGGGAACUGGACUGGACAAGUUGCCUUGA